UCUCUGAUUUGUUGAUUGUAUUUGUGAUGUAGUAAGUUUGACUUUCGUAAUGUCUGUUGAUUUGGCUAGCAGUGUUCCUUUAGAGGAAUUUCUUAGUCAUGUUCCAGCAUUUAUAGCGAAAUUGUGGAUAAUGGUGGAAGAUCAUGAGACUGACGACAUAAUUUCGUGGAGUAAUCAAGGAAGAGCCUUCACAGUGCACGACCAAGCAACGUUGGCCAAGGAGCUGUUGCCAAAAUAUUUCAAGCAUGGAAAUGUCCAAUCUUUUGUAAGACAGCUUAAUAUGUAUAAUUUCCACAAGCAAGUAUCGCUGACGAGUGCCCUGACUGAAGAGAGCCCCACCUUCUAUCACCCGUGUUUCCUCAGGGACGGCCCCGGUCUGCUGGUGGAGAUACGCAGGAAGGUUCCCCGUAACAGCAGGGUUGAAUCAGCCCCCAGCCCAGAUUGUGGAAACGCGAUCGUGACAUCCCAGCUUUUGAAAAGCCGUAGCCGCAACCUUCUGGAUGAAUUCCGAGAGCUAAAGCGGGCGAGGAAGGCUGUAAAGCGUGGCCUGGCUGAAUUGCAUGGCUGGCUGGCCAAUGGGGGAACCCCGAUAGAUAAUGGUGUGAAACAAACAGGGACUGUGACUUCGGAAGAAACAGCAGUUGACGACCCACAUGAUGUGAGGAUGAUCGAUUUGUCAAAGACCCAGUCUGGAGAUCAGCCAGGUGCCGCGCAGGUGGUGGCGGAGUCCACGCGGGCCCUGCAGGAGGCGGGCCGCCGCUUGGCGCGCCAGCACAGGCUCAGCACCAUGAGGCUGCACGUCGCGCUGGAGAGCCGGCGACGGCUGGCCGGCCUGGAGCGCGAGGCGUGGGAGGUGCGGCGGCAGGCGGCCGAGCAGGAACUGGCCAACCGCCAGCUGGAGCACGCCGUGCUCGGCCAGGAGCUCGCGUAUCUCCGGGCUCGCAAUAGUCGCGUCUCCUGAAGCCGAACUACUCUUCACGGAAGUCGUGGAACUGUAAUUGUUAGCGAUCUCGCGAUACGGAUAAAGAAUUACACCUAUUCGAUUACCGAUAAUUUCUUUUAACAGAUCCCAUAACUAGGGCCGUGCAUAAUUUCGCGAAAAUAUUUCCAGAAUAGUUAUAAGUAGAGACCUGCAAAAUUCGCGUAUUCAUUCGGUGAUAGGCUAGAAUUCAAACACAUAUACCUCUUAGAUAAUUUUGCUGUUGGCUUACUGUUCAUCUGAACGAAUCUCAACCAGUUAUAAACCCUCAACCAAAGAAGGAUCGAAUCACAGACAAACCAGCUGAGAUGACUUACAAGUCAGCAGCCAAUGAACUUGCGUUAUUUGCCCGAGUGUACAGGGGUAUGUGCAGUCUAUCCUGAAGGCCAUCGAAACCGCGAAUUUUGCAGGUCUCUAGUUAUAAGUUAAAACACUGUAACAUCGUCUGUGUAUUGUGACUGGGUGUGAAUCUUUCAGGCACAUGUCGCUUGUUACAACACCAAUAACAGUAGUUCAGUGCGGAAGCAAACGUGUCCUGAGUUGCUCGGUAAAAUAAGGCAACGACUUCUCUCGCAGACUGCCGCCAAUCACAGGGAAGAAAACGCUGCUGUGAUUAUACCUUGUUGAAGUCUAAUAGGCGUUCAUAUUUAUUCGCGAAAAAUGCCUGCCCCUACCCAUAACCAAUACAAAUCCGAUUCGGUACUUUUUUUUUAAAUAAUCACAGUGCAAAUAUACAUAAAUUCAAUAUUUUUAAGUAAUAAGUUAGUACCUUAAUAGAAUGUUGGUUAUAAGGAUAUUUAUUAGAUGACAAAAUUUUUUGCAGCAUAAAAUUUGUACCUAGCUUAAUACACAUUAUGUCUUUGACUAAUUAACGAACAUAACAUUCAAGUAUUGCCUUAAAUUACAAAAAAAAUUCCAGUGAAAGAUGCUUACAGCAUUAUAAACUGGUAAAUAUAAAAUAUGGGUGACACCUGAAUAGAUGAAUUUAUUGUACUGUUUUCAUGUGUACCGGUUUUUUAAUCAUUAGUUGGAAUAUCAGAUAUUCAGAAAAUUGGCCGAUACUGUUACUAAAAAAAUUUCAUCUGUAAAUCAUUAGUUAAAGUACUGGGACUUUUGUUUUCUGGCAUCUCACUCAGUGGAAUCCAUGUUUAGUAAUUAAUUUGGCAAACAACACUAGUGAAUUAGUGUUUAUCCUUUAAGCCAUACUUCUAAAAAUUAUUCCUUCAUAAUGUGCACUACAUUCUUCAUUUCAAUUUUGCUCAGGCUCUGAAAAAAUGUACAUAUCUUGGCUAAAGUUGUGCAGUGAUAAAGAGAGAGGAACUACAGUAGAACCUCUUUAAGUCGAACCUCGAUAAGUCGAAAACCUCCCAAACUCGAAAAAAUUUUGUGUUCCCUUCCAUUCAAGCCCCAAAACCUCCGUUGCUCGAAAUCUCAACCCUCUAUUAGUCGAAAUAAUCAGUGAGUCCCUCCAAGCUAUUUUGGUACAGAUUUUCCCUCCAUAACUCGAAAAAUUAAAUUGGCCGUCUUAAUCUCGAACAUAGCAAUGUUUUAUUUUACAAUCUUUACAACUCGAUUAUUUGAAACUUAUCACCUCUAUAGUUCGAAGAAAAAUAAGUUACCGGUUUUAAGAAUUUGUUGACAAUGGAAGUACACUAUUGUUUCUUAGAAAUAAAUUUAGGAGUAUACAAUAAAUAGGAUUACCACGAAUUUAUGACUCACAUGUUAGCUUGCUUGGUGUCAGGUGUUUAAUUUUAUUAUUUUUGAUUUCAUUUUAACUUUAGCGAAGCAAGUCAUUUGUUGUCGACUGUUACGACUGCUAUACAUCAAUUUGUACAACAGUUUACAAAUAAAAUUUUUAAAACAUGAGUGCUGUGAUACGUAAACUGAAAACUUUGAGUCUCGCUGAAAAAUUGGAAGUGCUCGAAGCUGUGAAGAGCUGUCAAAGGAAUAAAGAUGUUGCUGAACAAUUUGGCCUGCCAAUAAGUACUCUGUCAACAAUAAUAAAAAAUGAAUCAGACAUCAUGAGAAAAAUACAAAACGGUCAAAGUUUGUCCUGCAAUAGACUGCGAAUUUCAGAAUUUCCGGUCUUGAAGGAGUGCUUACUUAAAUGGUUUGAGCAGUGUCGGAGCCAAAAUAUCAGUGUUAGUGGACCACUGUUACAAGAAAAAGCGGAAACAUACUCUAAAUCAUUGGGACUCUCUAAUUUCAGGGCCAGUAAUGGAUGUCUAGAAAAGUUUAAAAGAAUAUAUGUACUUGUUUUUAAAAAUGUUUGUGUGGAAAGUGCAAGUGUCAACAUUGAAACCUGUAACAAAUGGAAAAGUGAAUUGCAAGAUUUGUUACAUGGUUACAAACCUGACAAUAUCUUUAAUGCUGAUGAAACGGGGCUGUUUUUUUAAAUGUCCUCCUGAUAAGACUCUUAACUUUUAAAAAUGAUAAAUGCCAUGGUGGGAAGCAUAGCAAGGAACGUUUGACUAUUCUGCUAGCAGCAAACAUGUCGGGCACAGAAAAACUCUCACCAUUGGUCAUCAGCAAUCUAAAAACCUCUUUUUUCAAGAUGUAAAUCACUACAUUUGCAAUAUGAAGCAAAUACAAAAGCAUGGAUGACUUCUGCAAUGUUCAAAAAUUGGCUCAUAAAUAUUGAUAAGAAAAUGGCCAAAGAAAAAAAGAAAAAUCUUGUUAUUCCUUGAUAAUUGUACAGCACUUAAAUGAUAUUCCACAAAUGAAAGCUGUUAAAAUCCAAUAUCUGCCCGCCAAUACCACAUCAAAUUUACAGCCUAUGGAUCAAGGUAUCAUUAAAAACUUCAAGUCAUUAUAUCGGAAAGAAGUUGUCAGGAACAUGUUGGAUAAUAUGGAAGAAAAAAAGAAUUCUACUAUAGAUGUAUUGCAAGCCAUGAGAAUGGAUGAUAAAGCUUGGGGAAAUGUAACUGGGACAACUAUAAAAAACUGUUAUGUACACUGUGGUUUAUCAUCGUCGUCAACAGAAGAAGCUGAAACCAAAGAUUUUUCUAUUUCACCUCCUGCAGAAUGGAAUAUAGUAGUGGUGUCUGAAUCAGGAAUAUCCUUGGAGGACUUUGUUAAGUACGAUGAUGGAGUUAUGACUGCUGGGACAUUAUCUGAUGACGAAAUUAUUGAUUCAGUAGCUCAGAAAACCGAUACUAAUUAUUUAGAUGACAUAGAAGACUCAAACAAUACUACAUGCGCUCCAAGGGUUUCCAUCAAAGAAGCUAGAACCACAUUGAAUACUUUACGGAAUUUUAUAGAGCAAACCAGCAACCCUGAAGAACAAGAAUUUUCUGCUCUUUAUACCUUUGACAAUGCUAUAGAUAGAGAACAACCGAAUUAUCCAAAGAAAAAAAAUUACUUUUUUUUUUAAUGCCAUUUUUUUUUUAUGGAUUUUUUGAAAUAAUGUUGAUUUAUAAUAAAUAAAAAUAUGUUUGUCACCUCUGCAACUUAAAUUUUUAUUUAUUUUACCUCUCUAACUCAAAAUGUAUAAGAAUGAAUCUCAACCCUCUUUAUGUAGAAUCAAAAUCCGCUUAAGUCGAAAUCCUUCAUAAGUCGAAAACUCUAUAACUCUAAUUUUUUGGCAUCUCCCUUUACUGUAAUAAGUACCUAAGGCUAAAUAAAGCUCUUCAACAUUUUGCUCAUAAGAGAUGAUGGGUGAGUUAGGGAGCACCUUUUGGAAAACCACUGGGCCUUGACAGCAUCUGCCACGUUUGGGGGCGUUCAAGCAUUACGUAAUGCAAUUUUUGAAGAUAUUUGACCCUCCCUCCUCCCCCUCCCCCCCAUGUGAUGUUACGUAACACCCAAGUGACCAUUUUUACCUAACAGUUAUAAUUAUGUUGUCGCGUGGCACCUGGCUCUUCCAGAAUGGCCUUAAGCAUCAAUCCUCAGUUUCUGCCUAGAUAAGUAGGUAUGGCCUGACUGGCACGAGUACCCUCUAAAUGGAGGUUCCUAAGAGGGGUAGGUGAGGUUUUCCCUCACCUUGGGAUGCCCUGAAAGUGGCUCCCAGUGUCUCUCGGCUGAUGCCUACUUACUUGCUGCAGCUGGCUUGGCUCUGCGGUCUUCCUUUCCCUGCAGUAGCAGGGCUGACUUGCUGGCUGGCUGGCUGGCUGGCUGGCUUGCUGGCUGGCUUGCUGGCUGGCUGACUUGCUGCCUGGGUGGGUAGGUCCCCGAGGAGCUCCCUCACUCCGAAAGGACACUCUCAGAGACGUGGUACGAGUUUUUAUUCGAACACUCAACUUUUAGGCCGACAGUCUCCCUAUACACUCUAAACUACUCCGCGGACUCGGUCGUCGUACUCCGGAUCGCGGCUGCUGACAAGGCGUGGCGGGCAGGCUCGGCUGCCAGUGAAGGCGUGGUGAGCAAGGCUCGGCUGCCAGUGGUGCCUCUAGGACACCAACUGACUUUUUUUUUUUGCCUUAUUUAUUCUAAGUGUGUAAGGGGAGGGUCCAGGUUAAGGGAGGACCUAAGUGUGUCUCAGGCCGAAGCCUAUACACUCUACCAUGCGGGUUUUUAACCAUGCAGGACAAGGGUGCGUGCAUAGUGUGCUAUUGGGGUUUACUGGCCAGCCAUGGCUGCAAUUGGCGCCAUGGCUGACGCCCCAUUGGUUGCCUAGCUUAAAAGCUAGCUAAUGUGACCAAGGUAAAACCUGCAUAGACACAGGGAAAACCCUGGGCCGGGUCAUGCAGGGAUCAAUUAACAUGCAUUAUGCAAGCAGGUAACUACUGGACAAGAGGGAAGAAGGGUCCAGGUAAGAAGAGUUGGAGGGGCUGAAAAAUCAACCAUGCUGGAGUUGGGUGCUUGGGCCUUGCGGCCCGCAUUUAAGUGCUGGGAACUCCUGAGUUAUUAUUAACCAGGGGCGUAUGCGCCCCCAGGGGCGGGCGACUUCACUCGUCAGCCCAGCCCAGCUGCCCAGGCAGCCACAGUUAAAACAGAAGUGGGCAGAUGAGCCAGUAAACCGGCUCGAACUGCGGGCGCACGGAGCGAAAGGCAGCCUGACAUUGCGCCAUCUUCAUCUUCCUUCUUCCGGUCAACAGCCAACCACCUUUCAAGCCAGGGUGGGGUAAGUCGUUCAGGCGAAUGAAUUAUCUUGCGAGUCGGACCCUCUUGCCCCCCAAAUUCCCGGGUCGGUUGAAGGUCGCGCCGCCCAGGCUACCACUGGCUCCAACUUGAAGGUGCCGCCAUCUCUUCCUUCAGAGUUCCGAUGCUGUUCAGUUCCAUUGCACGCGCAGCAGUCCACAGCUCCGCAAGUUCCAGCCCGCAGUUCGUCUAGACUUCGCUACUAUGGCACAUCGAGCUCCCCUGCGGUGCCUUCGCCGACAGAACUGCUUCCUGCCACGCGCCGAGCUACAUUCAGGCUACCUUUCACCCCGAUAGCCGUGAUAACGACUCCACAGACCGGCCAUUGGUCUGCGGACUGCUAUUGGUUAUUCACAGUCACCCCAGCGAGAUUGAAACUCUCGAGCUGGGAUCCCGUAUCCGCCACCCGCGGGACGCGGUCGGUAGCAGUUGGCACUGCUAGGCUGCCUCCCAUACGCCCACAAAUCCCCCACGCACUGCCAGCCUUUGGUUACCCAAUAGGGCGCAGGGAACUCCCAGCCAACAGCCCGCGAGAUGCGCGCUCCCCGAGAGACGACCACCGACCUGACCUCCUGGCCCAAGGGCCGGCCUUUUAUACCCCUCCUGAGGACCGGGGCAUGACAUAGGGAGGGCUUGGGGUUCCAGGAAUCGCGGGCGCUUCCAGGAAUUCCAGCCAGCCUACGUGACUUGGACGGACCUGGGCUUGGAGGGAGAUGGGAGGAGGCGGCCGGGCAGGCGGUGGUGGGUGAGGAGGGGGAGGCUGCGUGCGCACUCGCUUGGCCUGACGAGAGAGGGGUAGGCGAGGGGUGGCGGCCAGUAGGAGUGUGCGCGUGCAUUCGACUGGUUGUCUUGGCAACCAAGGGCGCGGCAUAGUCGCCCUGGCAACCGGCGAUGGCUGUGGCUGGGCGGUGUCAGCUGUCGCGGCCAAUGGCGGCGGCGGCUCGCACAUGUGUUUAGGAAGAGAGGGGCUGACGGCUUCGAGAAUACAGACGUGCGCGUCACGUCGCACGUCAAUGUUGCACAAAAUCCCGGAAAGUCGCCAAAAUACUUCUGUUAAUGUUUUAAUCACGUUUGCGGUAUAAUAAAUAAAACAAGCUAUUAAUAACUCACAAUACAUGUGUAUAUUGUUUAUUUUAUUUAUUUAUGUUGUUAUUUAAUAAACAAUCACACAUAAUGUACUCUACUUUCACGACAGUCUUGGGAAGUCUUGCCAUGCAUGUAACGACUGUGCAUUUGCACACUCUUGUGGGAUGUGAACUAGAUCCCACAGGUUGCACAUAUUCUGUUCUUGAGGUCGAAUUGUACUGAUGGGCAAAAGAAAUCAUAAGGCAUCUGCUUAAACCCUUCUAGAGGAGGCGACAGAUCAACGGACAACCUCACAAGAAGUGGUGAAAACUUGCAUGAUCCUUUGUCUAGCUGACUAGGUACCACUAGCUUGCUUGGGGUUUGAAGGAUUGGGCAGGGUGGCGGCAGAAAAGUAUCCAGAAAGACAGAUUUCAAUGCACUCAUUAAGCUGUAACAGCAGGAUUCGUCCGCGCAUUUAAUCACUUGCAAGAAAUAUUGUGAUUCACAGACGUGAGCGCUAUUCCACGCUAAAUUUGGUUCUGCUGGAUCCUGCAAGCUAUCUUCGGGCUUUCUAUAUUCUGCCGAAACAUCGUAGUUGUCAAUUGUCAUUUCCCUCCAGACGUUAGCAAGUGUCCCCCCAGCGUGCUGAAAAUUGCGGUUUUCCAAAUCAUCAUCAAUAGUGUUUUCUUUGUUGUCGAGAUGAGAACCAAAAUGUUCAUGCGGCAGGAUGACUCCUGACAGUCGUUUGCUGCGUCACUCAACUCGGUUGUAUGCACUCCGCCCAGGAGCAUUAGUCGCUAUUAACAGGACGUCCAGGUUGUAUUUUUUGAAGUGUUGAAUGGCAAAGUUCUUGGCUUUCCAAUAACGUGGUCUUUCGUCCGGCCCACCAUCUACAUAGAUGAUGAUCCCUGGCUUCACGGUGUUCGAUUCUGUCAUCAUUAUGGGUUUGAAUGCAGACACUGAUAAAAGUGAUUCGAAAUCAUAAGCAUGAUUGUUCGCUGUUUCCCACUCCUUAUGGAUAUGUGUGUCGACCUGCUGUAGCCAACAGCUUCUUCCUUACCGAAACCAUCAGGAUUCACGUUGAUGCCGGCGUAUACAGAAGGAAUAAGUUUGUGCCGCUCUGCCACGACCCAGUCAUGGUCAGGUAAAAGUACUCUGUAUUCCAUAAUCAUUAAAAGAGGGCUCUGACUUUUCACUGUGGGUAAACCUAUUGCUAUUGGUACACAGGCCUUAUCGUCUUGAGACAGAACAAAUACUUGCUACAAAAUAUACAGAAGCGACGCGAUAGAUGCCAAGGACCUAAUUGUAGCAGUGCAGAAUUCCCCAUCCUUGUGCUUUUUGUGCAUCUCGGACUGUGGUUUUGCUAACUUUACUGGUACGGUGCGUACGUGUCUUCUUCCCUCUUGAGUGUUAGAAACGCGUGGGGGUAAAUGAAGAUAUGUGCCGCUUCAAGAAAUUUGGAAUCCCAUCAACAACAACCUCAUGCAGGUCGGACAGAGUGAGACAACUCCUAAUCAUCUCUGUUCGGCGGCGUUCAUCAGCAGCACUGCAAUGAAUGGCAAUGAUAAUUAUGGUAUCCAGGAGAGCAGGUUGCAAGUCAACAAAAGGGGGCUGCCCAGGGCCAGAUCGAGGUUUUACUGCAGCAGGAUUGUAUGUCCGACGUUCAGCUUUCUCAAG